AUGCCCGCGGGCCCUUCGCCAGCCCCGGUGCUCAUGAACCUUCCAGAGGGGGUGACAGUCGACCAGCUGCUCGUAUGGACACGAACCCAUCUCGAAGGCGAACGGCUACUCCUCGCGACGAUUGUCUUUAUGGUGUAUGAUGUUAUAUUGACCUUUCCGGAAGAGCUCGAAUUCAUCUGGGCAUUCGAUUCCUGGAGCGUAUCCAAGACUCUCUUCAUCAUUAACCGGUACUUCCCCAUUGUGCACUCUAUCAUCCGGUUUUGGGUCUAUGCACACGAGCGAGACGAACGACUUUCGGCCUUGAUCAGCGUUGCCGUGAUCGAAGUCGUCCUCAUGCUACGACUCUGGGCCAUGUAUGCGCGUAAUAAGCUAUUCGGUGCCUUCCUCGGCUUCGUCUUCCUCACUGGCAUCGCAACUGCAUUGGCCAUUCGGAAAGUUCAGCCACCGGACGAUUUCAAACUGGUUCGCGAAGCGCCACAAUCGCUUACCAUCUGCAAACGUUCUUCACCAAGCGAGCUGUUCUUCCUAUAUGCCAUCAUUCUCGUCGUAGAGACGAUGAUCUUUACACUUCUACUGUGGAAGGUUUGGCAACUAUCAGCCGUCGGUGUCGCACCAAUUCUUCGGACCAUGCUCAAACAUGGUACACAGUACUAUCUGGUCGUCUUUGUUGCACUAUUCUUCCAAGUUCUAGGGACAAUUCUACAACCACUCUGGCAACCCAUGGCCGAUUCCUUGCUGGUCGUGUCGGUGGCUUCUGUCGCAUGUAGUCGUCUUGUCCUAUCCCUCCGUGGAAUGUACUCGACACCUCAAGAAGUAACUACCAUACAGGAUUUUCAAGCCAACCCUCCCGAUCCAACGAGUCGAACCGUGCGCUUCUCAACCUUGAGAUCAAUAUCCGGAUUCAAGUUUCGAGAUUCGACAAGCUUAAUGACUGACACGACAACGACGGCCGACCAUGAGCGCAAUGCUAUCCCAUUGCGUCGGUAUCGAGAUUCAGUACAACCGCCGAUUGAAGAGGAAGACGACGACUGGAAUGCCGAGCCGCAGCGACAUCCGUUUGCCCACGAUAGGACGGCUGUCGACUCGGAGACGGAUCUCCACCCACAAGGACGGACUUGGAAUGCACUUUAA